CCGUUUCUGGAGAGUUCUUGAGCCUUAGCGUUUUGGGAAGCAAAGGCCAGAGGAGAGCAAGCAACCUACGCUUUCUUUUCUUAUUCUCUCUCUCUUCAACAGUUGCCGUCAGGGAAACUGCUGCUAAGGCUCCAUGCAGUAUCUUUGAUUUUUCUUUCAUAUUUGGUGAUUCGUGUACAUGGGUUCUGUGUUUUAGCUUCUGGGUUGGUGUAAUUUGUCGACAAGAAAGAAUUUUUUUUUGCGAGGAAGAAUGGCAGAUGGAGAAGAUAAAAGCAAAAGCAAAGAUUUCUAUCAAGUUUUGGGAUUGGAUAAGGAAUGCACAGCAACAGAGCUUAGAAAUGCUUAUAAGAAACUUGCUCUGAGAUGGCACCCAGAUCGCUGUUCACCUUCGGGGAAUUCAGAGUUUGUAGAAGAAGCGAAACAGAACUUUCAGGCAAUACAACAAGCCUACUCUGUUCUCUCUGACACCAACAAGAGGUUUCUGUACGAUGUUGGUGCUUAUGACAGUGAUGAUGACGAAAAUGGGAUGGGUGAUUUUCUGAGUGAACUGGCAACCAUGAUGAACCAAACAAAGCCUGAUGAAAAUGGGAAGGAGAGUUUUGAGGAUUUACAAGAGUUAUUUGAAGAAAUGUUUCAAGAAGAUAUCGACUCAUUUGGAGGGGGAGGAGGCUUUCAAGCAGCUGCUGCUAGUACUACGUCUUCUUCCUACGCAUCAUCUUACAAUGAAAGUUCCAGCACCAACGACAAGAUCAGUAAUUCCUGUGAGAUGAAUUUUGAGGAGUUUAAGGUGGAGGAUUCUCAUGGAUUUGGGUCUCGCUUUCAGACAUUUUGUCUAGGGACAGGUGGAACACCAACAAAACUUCAAGAAGACGAAGGGAACAAGAGGAGGAAUUCAAGGAGCCGCCGCCGGUGGUAGUAGUAGACGGAGAAAUACAAGGAAAAACAAGGUUUCUUCAGGCCUGGAUGUGUCCUCCCAAGACAUACCUCAUGGUAUUUCAGCUUCAUGAACCCCAAUUCACUCCUCUCCUGGAGCAGAUUCAAAUCGGCCGACGAUGGAGAUCAAAAUUUUGAAGGCAUUUUCUGGCCAAUGCAACUUGGAAGCUGUGGAAGCAAAGCAACCAAGAAAGACUGGUAGCCAAAACCACAGCAAGUUUCUAGGCGGAGUGUUUGCCUGUAGCUGGCUCUUCGAUUAAUUUCUACGCAUUGAAAAUUUUCUUUAAUCCUUUUACUUAUUUGUAUCAGCCUUUGACCUAAAUAAGUCUGCCGAUUGGUUGGAGACUUUCUGAAAGUUUUCUCGAAAUGGUUAGAGAUUUAUUCAAUCCUAAAAUCCUUCACAUUUCCAGAA